AUGAGUUUUAGAGGAGGUAACAGAGGAGGCCGCGGUGGAUUUGGUGGUGGCCGUGGCGGCCGUGGUGGCUUCGGAAGACCUGUGCAACAGGGACCUCCGGACCAGGUUCUCGAAAUGGGUAGUUAUGAGCAUUCUUGUGAAGACGAAAUCGUGUGUCGUUCGAUCAAUACCAAGAUUCCAUAUUUUAACGCACCCAUCUACUUGGAAAACAAGAGCCAAGUCGGUAAGGUUGACGAGAUUCUAGGGCCUUUGAACGAAGUGUUCUUCACGGUCAAGUGCUCCGAGGGUGUUCAAGCGUCCAGCUUUAAGAAAGGCGACAAAUUCUACAUUGCUCCAGACAAACUGCUGCCCAUUGAAAGAUUUUUGCCCAAGCCUAAAGUCGCUGGCCCACCAAAACCAAAGAAGAAGAGAGCACCUGGCGCUCCAGGGGGACGUGGAGGCCGCGGUGGUAGCCGUGGGGGCUUUGGCGGUGGUCGCGGCGGAGCCCGUGGUGGCUUCGGUGGUGGCCGCGGUGGAAGCCGUGGUGGAUUUGGCGGUGGACGCGGAGGUGGUCGCGGUGGAUUUGGCGGUGGCCGCGGUGGAGGCCGUGGGGGGUUCAGUCGCGGUGGGGGACGCGGCGGAAGAUUCUGA